AAGUAUAAAUGGAGAAGCAGAGAAGUUUCUCAAUCAAACCCACUAGAUUCUUGCUGUUUUCUUUCACAAUCUCGUUCUCUCUAUUCUUUCUCACCUUCUUCUCCAUUUGGGUCUUCAAAGUAACCCCCUCAGUCCAUCAAGAAACCCAUCUUCAGUUCAACAAAUCUUCGCUUACUCUGGGUCUCAAACCCUUAACCGUUCAGUCUUUGACUGAUUCCGGUGGAAAUUAUUCGGCAGGUGAAGUGAAAAAUUCAAUUUUGUUUGGUGCCCAUUUCAGGAGACCUGAAAGUACCUCCGAGAUUUCGAAUUUUGAGGGGCUCCAAAAAAAGCAAAGUUUGCCUAAAACGCAAGAUGAUGAUGUAAAUAAAGGUGAUGCUGUAAAUGGUAAUCUGACUGUUUUUACUGGAAAUCUUUCAGCAAAUAGUGUAAACAAUUCAAUUCUGAUCGUUACUCAGUUCGGCAGAACAGAAAAUGCUUCUGGGUUGGCUAAUGAUUUAGUUUUUGAGGGGCUUCAGAGAAUGGAAAAUACGUCUCAAGCGUCAGAUGCUGAAAUGUACAAAGUUGAUGCUGUAAAUGGUAAUUCAACCGGUACCCUAAAAAUAGUGUUUGAUACUUCCCCGGGAAAAAUAGAAGUAUCAAGUAGUGAUAGGAUUGAAGAGAGGAGGAAAAGAAUUUGUGAUGUCAAAAGAGGAAGGUGGGUUUUUGAUGAGAGCUACCCUUUGUACACAAAUGCUUCAUGUCCUUUCAUAGAUGAAGGAUUCAAUUGUGAAGCUAACGGAAGAUUGGAUAAAGGCUACAUGAAAUGGAGGUGGCAACCGCAAGAUUGUGACAUUCCUAGGUUCAAUGCAACAAAAAUGCUAGAAUUAAUCGAAGGAAAAAGAUUAGUUUUCGUGGGUGAUUCUAUCAAUAGGAAUCAAUGGGAGUCCAUGCUGUGUUUGUUAAUGGGAGCUAUCAAAGAUCCAAAGAGGGUCUAUGAGACCCAUGGGCGAAGAAUCACCAAAGAAAAGGGAAAUUAUAGCUUCAAGUUUGUGGAUUUUAAGUGUACAAUUGAAUACUAUGUGACCCAUUUUUUAGUACAUGAGAGUAAGGCAAGGGUUGGCAAGAAACGGGUGCAGACAUUGCGUAUUGAUACUAUGGAUAGGGGAUCAUCAAGAUGGAAAGGAGCUGAUAUUCUGGUCUUCAACACUGCACAUUGGUGGAGCCAUUACAAAACAAGAGCUGGGAUUAACUACUACCAGGAAAGGGACCGAGUUCAUCCAACUCUUGAUGUUUCAAUGGCUUUCCGAAGAGCUUUGAUAACUUGGGCAUCAUGGGUUGACAAAUAUAUCAAUCCACGCAAAACCCAAGUUUUCUUUCGAAGUUCUGCACCUUCCCAUUUCAGGUUUUGCCCUUGUACUACCACAAGCAAGGUAUUGAUGAUUUUUCUCUCAUAUCACCAGCUGACUAAUUUUUCUGACAGGGGAGGUCAAUGGAAUGCCGGUGGCAACUGCAAAGAAGCUUCACGACCCAAUAAUCAAACAAGUAUUGAUUACCCUGAAAAGAACGUCAUUGCAGAGGAGGUCAUCAGGCAGAUGAAAACUCCUGUGACAUUCUUAAAUAUAACUACUCUAUCAGACUAUAGGGUAGAUGGUCAUCCAUCUGUAUACGGAAGGAAAUAUGAGAGGGGAUACACUUCACGUGUUCAAGAUUGCAGCCACUGGUGUCUACCUGGUGUUCCAGAUACAUGGAAUGAAUUGUUAUAUUUUCAUUUGCUACUAGGAAGAAGAGGGAGUUCUGCAGAAUGAAGUGAUUUGUAUUUCUCAUCUUCAACACAAUCUUUCAUUUCUUUUGCAGGCUAUCAUGUAAAUUUUCUUAUUUACCUUCAACUUGCUUGUAAACGGCAGCUCUUCAGUGUUACACAUCCUAUUCAACUGUUCAAUCUGUCAAAAGUCAUGUAUUGGUCCAAUUGCCUAGCAUGCUAGCCCAUGGUAGGCACCAAAUUUUCGUUAAUUCCCGUUUUACCGAUCAGUACAAUAAGCAUUUCCUAUAUAUAGGGGAACUCGAUC